AGAAGAACCUUUCACUUCCUGUAUUUCCUGUUUUGUGAAACACCUGCUGGAUGAUCUGAGCUUCGUUACACCUAUGAUGGGAAACCGACCAGACCUUUGGUAAUGAAACCUUAUGGGUUUGAUUUUUUUCAGGUUGCAGGAAUGACUGAAGAAAAACCUCAGCUAAAGGCGUUUUUAGAGGCUAUAAGCGUUUUGCAAUGGGUGCUAAGCUUUCUCUUCUUAGAUAUUUCUUGGAUACCCAACAUAUGGAUCUAACAUGGCUGGAUUAUCAUCCUUCUGCAGGAGUGGCUUGCAUUAUCCUGAUGGUGUAUCUUAUGUUUACCUCUCUGUGGCCGCUGCCGACUCUUUACUUCAUAUGGCUGGUAAAUGACUGGAAAACUCCAGAAAGAGGGGGCAGAGGAACAACAUUUGUGAGGAAGUGGAAGGUUUGGGAGCAGUUCAGAGAGUAUUUUCCUGUUAAACUGGUGAAGACAGCAGACCUGAACCCAAAUAAAAACUACAUCUUUGGCAGUCAUCCGCAUGGUAUCAUGUGUGUUGGAGCCUUUGCCUGUUUCAGCACGGAGAGCUGCGGCUUCGCUGAGAUGUUUCCUGGAUUGAAAUCCACUCUGGUAAUACUGGCAGGCCUUUUCAAGAUACCGCUCCUCAGAGAAUACCUAAUGUGUGCAGGCCUGUGUCCAGUCAGCAAACCAAGCCUUGUCCACCUCCUCUCCAAAAGCGGUAAAGGAAAUGCAGUGGUGAUUGUGGUUGGGGGAGCAGCUGAGUCUUUAGCAUCCUCUCCUGGAAUCAACAGAGUGGUCAUGAAGCAGAGGAAAGGAUUUGUCAGGACGGCUCUGGAGCAUGGAGCAGAUCUGGUGCCUGUUUACUCAUUUGGGGAGAACGAACUCUUUCAGCAGGUGAUUUUUUCAGAGGACAGCUUGGGUCGCAGGCUCCAGGGCUUGUUUAAAAGCAUAAUGGGUUUUGCCCCAUGUCUAUUUGUUGGUGAGCGCGUUGCUCUACUGCCCUACAGGAAACCAGUCAUUACUGUAGUUGGAAGUCCAAUCUCAGUGCCCAAGUGUGUCACACCAACUGAGAAGCAAGUUGACCACUAUCACGGGCUCUACAUGGAGGCCCUGAGCAAGUUAUUUCAUGAACACAAGGUCAGCUGUGGACUUUCCGAGAGCCACAAGCUUGAGAUCAUUUAGACAUUUCCCACCAAGAGAUCUUUGAUGUUUACAUCACACUGCUUUAACGGGGUUACUCAGAAAGGAACAUGGAGAACAGAUCUGCGCUCUGGAGAAUACUUGUCGAAAAUCAGGAAAGGAGAGCUUUUAAGAGCAGCAGUGGGUGCAGAUGUAAUCAGCAGUGUUGUUUGCUAUGACACAAUGUUUUUUAGUGUUAUUGAUGUACAAAUAAAUGAAGCACACUUGAAAA